AUGAGUGGCCUCCGAAAGGACGAACUUGUCGCAGUUAUCAUUGACAUCGAUGGUGAAAAAAGAAAAAUGGUAGAAGAUAUUGCGGAUACGGUUUUGAGAAGAGUCUUGGAAGAAGAGGAGAACGAUUCUACUCCAUCACUUAUCGAAUCACGUGCUUCCAGUACGUCUUCUGAUACAUCGUCUCCACUGUCCAUCAAUCAAAUUCUCAGUUCAUCGUUCUCUCAACAACCCCCAGCGAUUUCUGUUCCAGUUGCUUUGAAUCCAUUCCAACUGGCACUUUGUCAGUCUCUUGUUGCCAACAACACUCUUCAUUUUCCCGUUUUCGGCGGUCCAUCUCCGCUUUUUCCAUUGUUUGUUCCACCCUCACAGCCGGCUGUUGAGUCUGUUGAAUUGUUGAAAAUCUUCCAAAACAUUCUGGCAAAACAGAAAAAAUGA